AUGGCGGUUUUCACUCAGGGCGAUUGGGCACCCAUGGCCUGCAGCUAUUAUAGUGCAAUGCCUUGUUCUUCGAUUAUGUGUAUCGUGGGCGACAUACAUUUUGUUAAUGUUUGUUUGUAUCGACUUUUAGAAAUGUCAUACUGUUACUCAAAUCUUAUGCAUUUUUCUACGAGAAAGGCUGAAACAAUAUCUGAAUAUGUUUAUGAACCACCUCGCCUCCCAAAAGCUGAGACAGUUGAGAAGAGCGAAUGGUCCCGGAGGUGUGGUAAGAGGUCAGAACAUAUUGGAUACGUCCGACGUAUGUCAUGGCACUAUCGGAGUCUCUUAAUUGAAGAUAAUAAGGGGGGACAUGUGUCUCUGGCGCGUUUUUAUGGGGCCAAAGUGACCGUUCGCAGACAUCAAAGCAGUGCUCAUAUGCACUUGAUCGGGCGGAGCAGUAACGUGACGUGCAUCGAUUGUGGGGGAGGCUGGGGUGAAGAAAGCUUUAAAAACAGAGGCAGGCGUCUCAACUACGGAGUACGGACCAAUACGUCCCCGGCCGACCCUCGAUUACAUUGCAUACGCUGA